AUGGACUUCUACCUCAGGUGCAAUUCUCUCAAGUGCCGCUCGCAGUUGAAAGAGAGAGCGGUUGUGACUACGUGCUCACAUAUUUUCUGUCUUCAUUGCGCAGGUAAACUUGGUCUUUCACACCACACGUCCAAUGACCGUCGCUGCCCAGCAUGUCAGACAAUUCUCCUCAAUCCAGACGAUGCCGUCUCAACCAUACUCAACCCAACAGAAGACUACAAAACGAGUGUUCUCAGCGGACUUGAUCCAAACACUAUAAUGGAAUGUGCUGGUCGAGCAUUGGUCUUUUGGGCAUAUCAAACCACUCAGGAGAUUUUCUAUCAGGAGUUUCUCGGGAAAACCCUCACUGAGAAAUAUUCUACUUUGAAUGGACAGAUGGAUAAGGUCAUUCAUAACGCCAAUUCCGAGAUCUCAACUCUCCAAACAAGAAUCUUAGAUCUUCAGACAAACCAAGAGCAGCUUCGAAAGAAAAGUCAAGAGCUUGUUGAUAUGUACCGUGAGAAGUCGAAGAAGUUCACCCAGAUAAACAAUCUCUAUAAUCUUCUAAAAUCUCGAGCCAUGAAAUCGCAAAUGCAGACAGCUGUCUCGGACUCGGUAUCGCAUACGUUGAAUUCACUUGGAUCCUCACGAAAUGGGCCUGUAACCUCAGUUUCAAACAAGCCCAUGGUCGAUUUACAGCCACUCCAGACUCCUGCCGGCAAUCAGCGCAAUGAGUUUCCCGUAAACCAAGAGGGAGUGGAGCAACUCCAUCGCUAUCAACGAAGUGGUAUUGGCAGUUCGAAGGGUGCAAAAACUAAGGCAGAUAUGGUGGCGAUGCCGCCACCAAGGCUUCCGGGAAAUAUCAAAAGAGGUAAUACCACUGUCCUUCAAUAUAUUGUAUGCUUGAACGCUUUACUGAAGCGUUUUCCAAUUAGGCGAUUUGCCAAACGCAACGACCCAGCAUCGAACUCGUCUCGUGCCUACCUCCCGCCCAUCAACUGGAGCUUCGCUCUUGCCAACGAAAAAUUCUAUAUUUGA